AUGUCUGAAGAAUCGCAUCCACAACAGCACCACCACCAGAGCUUCUUCGAUCGGAUACUCCACCCGGGACGUCACGAAGACCAGGAACAACACCAGGGCCAGCAUGAGUCUCAGGACCAUGAGUCCCACAAAAAGGAGAGUGAAUUAGACAAAAUCAAGGAUGACAUCAAGGAAGAUCAGGAAGAAGUAGCAGAGGGCGAUACCUACGCAGGCUUGAUGUGA